AUGAACACCCUCUACUCGUCCCACCACGUCUAUCUGCACUUGUCCAACAAUGACCUGCUGCAGAUCCCUUAUAAUCAGACCUUGAGUUCCGAGACCCCCAUUUCCUCCCUUACUCCUCCCCCUGGUGGCUCGCGUCUCGUCAUCUCGUCUCCCUUCUCUGCUCAGCCUGUGUUGUACGCCAUCGACGGACACAACCUCAACUACUACGACCCGAUCGGGGAUGUGUGGCACCAAAUCAACUCCAACGCGCUCCCCUGGUGCUCUGACGCUACCCCGUUUGCUCCUCCGGUGCUUCAGCAAGGCAUUCUCUUCUACGGAGGAAGCUGCUCUAACAACCAGGCCCUGUACAGCUACAACACUAGCACAAAAGCGACCCAGAAACAGGACACGACCGUGCAUCCUCUCGGCUUUGCAGACGCAGCAUACACAAACAUUGAUUAUGCAACCACCGUGUUUGUGGGAGGAAACACGUCUACUUCUGUGUGGGUUGGCAUGAACCAAGUGGCGUACUACCAGGGAGGCUGGAACUACAGAAACGUCGACAACUCCAACAUGCUUGACUCAAGAAGUGGCGCCCUUCUUCUACCCAUUUACCCAGCCUCUUAUAGCCUCGAUAGCACCUCGACUGCAGACAGAGCCCUUAUUCUGGGAGGUACAGUUGAUGGACGGACCGCAGAGCCGUAUUCAGCAGUUCUGGAGUUUGGAGAUCAGGGCUGGGGCUACCAUGCCAAUGCGUCCUUUGAGGUAGACGGAAAUGUUGUUGGCGCUGCUCUCUUGUUUGAGACUCUUGUUACUAUUGGAGAGGGACAGGGCCAGGAUCAAAGUAAGGAAGCUGACUCUGAAGGCGGUCUUCAGGUCCAGGAGAAGGUGAAAAAGUCCGCCUUGAAUCCUCUCCGCAAGCGAUCCACAUACUCCAUCCAGCUGUACAACGUCAACAACUUGGAGCCGGUGCAAAAGUAUGUCCCCAGUCAAGCUGCAACUUCCACAACACCUGUUACUAGGGCCAGUACCACAGUCAGCCAGGCUUCCAGUACGUCUGUUGCUGCUACUACAGACACUUCGAUUUCUUCUCCUCCUUCCAGCACAACCAAGUCCCACUCUGGCAUGUCUACCGGUGGAAUAGCUGCUCUGAGUACGAUUCUUCCCCUGGCUGCGAUUUUCGCUCUUCUGGGUAUCUGGUGGUACAGAAAAAAGAAGACCAAUGAGGUCCAGCUUCCCCGUGAACGUCUUGACUACUUUGACGACUUUAUGCCCCGUGACCGAGACGUGAUGAGCGAUGCAAACUCGCUCAACUCUUGGACUGAAAAGCGACGAAUCUGGGAAUCGGAUCACAACCGGAACUCGAUUCUGAGCAACAAGGAUUUAGUGAAUAAUCGGGAUUCGAUUCUGGAUCCCGAUUUGCCGCUGCCCAGCCCUCCCAGACCGGCUAGAAAGGCGUCUGUCAAGAGCGCCUUCUCCUACGACGGUAACGUGAAUGAUGUCCAGGUGUUGGUCAGCAGUAGGCGACGGACACAGUUGCGGGUGGUUAACGCUGAUGAGGAUUUGAUAGAUUUGUAG